GUGUAGAGUUUUGGUUUGCGGACUGCGGGAGACGAUGGAGAAACAUCAGCAAUCUAAUUAUUUUGUAAUAACAUUUUAUCGAAUAAUUUAUGUGUCGUCGCAACCUACGGGGCUAUACUGGUGUAUUCAAAAUGACUGAUAUGAUAUUGAUUUUUCGAUAACUGACAAAAUACCGCUUAUAAUUUUAGGAUGGAAGGAGUUUAAUUACUAUGGGCGCUAUGCGUGGACAGUCCGUUGAAUUAUGUUAGCGAAAUUUCUUUUAAUAGUUUCUAUGUAACCAUGCAAUACCUAUAACAGAGUAAAAUAUUAUAAAACUAAUGCAAAAGAAUCCUAGAGAUACAACAGAUAUAUUUUUUCAAUAUUAUCUCCAAUGUGCAGCAAGUGAGCCAGCGGAUGACAAACGGAACGCCUCUAUGAACAUCUAUGGCCGCUGGGGCACUGCCUCGUUUCCGUAUAAAGACAACAUCUCCCUCUUAUGGUGCUGCGGUGGUGCAGAGUUCUAAUUUGGGGACCGCCUUAGACGAUGGAGGAACAUCAGCAAUCUAAUCAUGCAGUGGGAAGGAAAGGUGUGGGAAGGAAAGGUGGUAUGCGAAUGGUUCCAACCAUAAUCGCCAAUGAAGUAUCUGAACGGAUCGUGAGCGCAUCUGUCGGCGCGAACCUUAUAAUUUACCUCACAACGAAGUAUCACCUUGGCGCUGCAAGCAGCGCCAUCAUCAUCUUCGUGUACCUAGCCGCCGCGAAUUUCCUGCCGGUGUGCGGAGCCAUCGUGUCCGACGCAUUGCUAGGUCGCUGCCGCAUGGUUACACUGACGCUUUUCUCCUGCACUAUUGGAACCACACUUCUGUGCCUGACAUCGGUGAUCGCGCGCCUGACACCGCCAGAUUGCGUGCAGCCAAACGAAGGCUGCGCGCCGCCUACUCCGAUGCAGCUGCUCGUGCUGUGCGCCUCUCUUGGCUUCAUGGCGCUCGGCGCGAGCGGCGUCCGCCCCUGCUGCCUGGCGUUCGCCGAGGACCAGAUCGCGCACUGGGACACCGCGAAGAAGGACCGUGCGCUCCGGGCUCUGUUCAGCUGGUACUACGCGUCCGUGGGGUUCUCGCAGAUCGUGGCCGUCACCGUGCUCGUGUACUUCCAGGACAAGAUGGGCUGGAAGGUCGGGUUCAUGGUGUCGGCCGCCAUCAUGGCGUCCGUCACGCUCGUGAACUGCGCGGCGGCGUCGUUCUACGUGAAGGUGAAGCCGCAGAAGAGCAUGUGGGUUGGCUUACUGAAGGUGGUGGUUGUUGCUGUCAAGAACCGUGACCUUGUGCUGCCAGAGGCAGAUCAUGGCGCUCAGUUCCAUUGUUUACCGGGUUCGACACAGACGGUUCCAUCAAACAAAAUCAGGUUUCUGAACAAAGCAUGCAUGGUGAGGCCUCGUCCAGGCAACAGCACAAGCGACGACGACUACGGCAGCACAAGCGCAGGAAACGCCUGCACAGUGGAGCAAGUAGAGAACCUCAAGUCAGCUCUGAGCGUGAUGCCCAUGUGGUCAGCCAUGGUGAUGUCGUUCCUGCUGCAGAGCUCCUCGUUCGGGGUCCUGCAGGCAGCCACCAUGGACCGCCGCGUCGGCGCAACAAGGUUCCAGAUACCCGCGGGCUCGAUCUCGGUCUUCGAGAUCCUGACCUUCACGGCGUGGUCAAGCUGCUACGACGCCUGCAUCGUGCCGGUCCUCCGGAGGAUGACGGGGCGGCAGCGCGUGCUGACGCUGAAGCAGCGCAUGGGAGUCGGCGUGUCCCUGGCCGUCGCCUCCAUGGCGGUGGCAUCGGCGGUGGAGACCCAUCGGAGGCAGCACGCCGCGACGACGGCGGCGAGGCACGGAGACGCAGACGGAGCCGCCCCUCCCCUCAUGUCCGCGCUGUGGCUGGCGCCCCAGUACGUGCUCAUGGGGCUGUCGGGCGCGUUCGGUGCCAUCGCGCAGAUCGAGUUCUACUACGCCGUGCUCCCCAAGUCCAUGGGCAGCUUCGUGCUGGCGCUGCUCUUCUUCGGGAGCGGCGUCGCCAGCAUCAUGUCGACGGUGAUCGUCAAGCUCGUGAACGUGGUGACCAGCGGCAAGGGCGGCGGGGGUGGCGCGCCGUGGAUCUCGGACGACCUGGACCAGGGCCGGUACGACUCCUACUACGCGCUGCUCGCGGUUCUUGGCGCCGUCGACCUCGUCUACCUCGUCGUCUGCGCUAACGUCUUCCAUGAGUCGACGCAGAACAUGACGCUGGAAGCUGGCGCUGAUGGCCAAGACGGAGAGGCUCGAGGCUAGCUAGCUAGCGUUUGUUUUGUUUCGCAUGCAUGUCGGGCUCCAGCUAAAAGCAUUUCAGCAAUGUGUAUCUUGCCUUCAUAAAUUGGAGAAAUAAGGAUUCUUAACCUGGUGUUGUUAGAAAAUAAAAGGAAGACGAAACAGAGAUCCAACACACCAAACUUAAGAACUGAAGCCGAGUACAUUCAGUAGAGGUACAUUCAGUAGAGGCGUCAAGGCUAGAUACUAGAUACUACCUCCGUUCUUAAAUAUUUAUCGCCGAUUAGUUUAUUUUUGAACUAGAACGCGACAAAAAAAAA